AACCCAAGAGGAAGAAGAAGUUACGUCAUCUCUCUGCGACACAUCAACACGCAGGUUGGACUUUACAAACUGACGUUUUGAGGCAUCGUUGUGAGUUUCGUGAUGAACGACGAGGAGCUGGUGGAGUACUUCAGGGCUCAGAUGAGGAAAGACCCGGACAUGGCCUCUGCGGUGGCUGCGAUACGCACUCUGCUGGAGUUCCUCAGGAGAGAUAAAGGAUUUGUCUUGCUGUAAGAAGGUGAUGGAAGAGAGAGGAGAAUUAUUUCUAGAGAAGAUCUCUAUGUCCAGGACCAAGGUUGCUAAGCUCUGUCACACCUUCAUCAAAGAUGGUGCUAAAAUCCUGACUCAUUCGUACUCCAGAGUUGUCCUCAGAGUGCUGGAGAAAGCUGCAGCUGAAAAGAAACGCUUUUCUGUGUUUGUUACAGAGUCCCAGCCAGAUGCUGCUGGGCGACAGAUGGCAGAAGCCCUGAAGAAUCUUCAUGUUCCAGUGACAGUCGUCCUAGAUGCAGCUGUCGG